GCCGUGCCGUGCCGUCGCCAGUCGUGCCCGCACCUCGCCGCCGAGCAGACCGUCAGACCGACCGUCAUCUCGCUCCGCGCGAGCAACAAGUAGUGGGCCAACGCGACCCCCGGCCUGGAGGGCAGGCCUUUUAAAUCCGUCAUUAGUCGACGGUAGAGCGUCCGUUUAUUAGCGGCGGCGGCUGCGGCAGCUGCGGGCGGUGCGGGGAACGCCAGCGGGGGCAGCGCCAGGACCACCAGGACGGCGGCGGCCCGGGGCCCCGCGGGACGGCGUCCAGGACACCAAGACCAUCACCGCGGCGGCGUCGCGCAGUGAGGCAGGGCGGCUGACGCAGGCGCUCCAGACGCCAUGGCGCUCAAAGGAGAGGACACGGGCCCCAAGGCCGCGGACACGGCGGCCGCAGAGGCCGAGGCCUGCGCCGCCCUCGACGGCGCGGUGGCGGCCGACCCGGAGCAGGAGGUCGUGAACCUCAACCCCGGGACGCUGGAGGAGGCCCUCCGCACCAUCAGGGUGCUGCAGAAGCAGAAGGCGCCCGAGGCGUCGGCCGGGAAGGCGGCGCCGGCGCAGCAGCUGCUCAAGUGGCAGCGUCGCGCGCUCGCCUACGAGGAGGCCCUGGCGGCCGUGUCGCGCUCCGGGCAGGCGCAGCUGCAGGUGCUGUCCGGGCAGCUGAUGCUGCUCAAGUCGCGGCUCGUGCGCAAGCAGAAGGACAUCGGGCGCAUGCUGGCGCAGCGCGAGGCCGUGAUCCAGCGCCAGGCGAGGACCAUCCAGCUGCUGCAGACUCGACUGCAGGAAGCUGGCACCAGCAGCCAGAGCUGCAAAGGCGACUCCAACUCCUCCAUCGACGAGACCCCCUCCGUGGACGAGUCAAGCUGCUCGACCGCCACCAGCCGCGUGGGCUACCAGUACGGCAGCCUCGAGGUGCUGACGGACCCGGGCCUCGGCGACGGCCACGGACCUCGGGUGCCGCCGAGCCCCAACCACGUCGUCACCUAUAACCGGGUCAUGAGCAACCACCGGUCAGUGACCAAGCCCAAGGACGUCAAGUACAAGCGCAUCAACAAGGCCAAGUCCAAAAGUCUGGAGGAACUGCGGGGCCGCCUGAGAAACUGGGUCGACAAGGGCAUAACGUCUACCAAGUUCAUAUCCCUCGACCAGUCGUACGCGUGA